AUGCCGCUCAACUCAAAGGCUAUAUACGCGAAGGCGGAUGCCGAUUACGUGCCCUUUGCUAGUCGCAGGAGUACUGUGCAUAGCACGAAGGGUAUUGUCUCAUGUACGCAGCCAUUAGCUGCGGCGGCGGGACAUAAAAUCUUAAGCCAGGGAGGAAAUGCGGCGGAUGCAGCUGUUGCUGUUGCUGCCGCCAUUAACAUGGCCGAGCCUGGCUCGACGGGUAUCGGUGGUGAUAUGUUUGCCCUCUUCUAUAACGCCCAAACAAAGAAGGUUCAUGCAUUGAAUGGAUCUGGCCGAUAUCCUGGAAAGGCGACCCUGGAAAAAGUGCGCAAGGACUUGAACCUGGCUCCUGGGGCACAGGGUGAUGUUCCUAUGCUAAGUGCCCUCGCUGCAACAGUCCCUGGUGCAGCUGCUGGCUGGGUGGAUACCGUUGAGAAGUUCGGCAGUGGCAAGCUUUCUCUCGAGCAGAUCUUACAACCCGCCAUUGAGAUGGGUGAAGAAGGCUUUGUGGUUUCGGAGCUGUCAUCAAGUGGGUGGCAAGAGGCCGAAAAGAAUAUCCGCCAAGCAUCACCGAACUUCCGUGAAAUGCUGAAAAAGGAUUCGGCCGCCAAGGAUGGAGUGCGUGCUCCGCUACCUGGUGAUAUCAUGAAGAACCCCGCCUUAGCAAAGACCUUCCGCACAUUAGCGACCGAAGGCAAGAAGGGAUUUUAUAAAGGACGUAUCGCAGAAGAGAUCGUCAAGGUCGCCCAAAGCCUCGGCAGUUAUAUUGAUCUGGAGGACCUCGCCCAUCAUGCCGAGGUUGGUACACAGGAAGUGGAUGCCAUCUCACUCAAGUUCACGGGUCAGGACAUUGCAUCCAAACAGACACCAGGGACAGACGGCGAUGCCAACCAGGGCGUCGAGGUUUGGGAGCACCCGCCCAAUGGUCAGGGUAUUGUGGCACUAAUGGCCCUUGGAAUUAUGGAGGAGCUGGAACGAACGGGAAAGAUCCCCAAGUUCAGUAGCUCCCAGCACAACUCCGCUGAAUACCUGCAUGCUGUCAUCGAGAGUCUGCGUAUCGCAUUUGCCGACGCCGCAUGGUGGGUCACUGACCCUGACGUGGAGAAAGUUCCAUCACAGGGCCUUCUUGACCGUGGGUACUUGGCCGAACGAGCUAAGCUGUUCCAAGCAGAUACUGUGACCGAUCUAUUGGACCACGGUAGCCCCGCCCAUAACCACUGUGACACGGUUUAUUUUGCCGUGACAGACCGCGAAGGGAAUGGUAUCUCUUUUAUCAACAGCAACUAUGCCGGUUUCGGUACUCAUAUCAUUCCUGCUGGCUGCGGUUUCACUCUGCAGAACCGGGGCGCCAACUUCUCUCUCCAGCCCGGACACCCGAACGCUCUGGCUCCAAACAAGCGUCCCUAUCACACUAUCAUCCCUGCCUUAAUUACGAAUGUGGCCGAUGGAUCCCUCCAUUCCGUAUAUGGGGUUAUGGGUGGUUUCAUGCAGCCGCAGGGUCAUGUCCAGGUGCUGCUCAAUAUGCUCGCGUUCGGGUAUCAUCCUCAAGCAGCCCUUGAUUCCCCACGUUUCUGCCUCAAGGCGCCAACUUCGGAGGACAAGGACCGUACCGUGUGUGUUGAGGAGGGAAUUAGCGAUGAAGCCAUCGAAGGAUUGCGUCGCUUGGGGCACAAAAUUGAGGUGCUCAAGGGUUGGGAAAGAUCCUUCUUCGGUCGUGGUCAAGUCAUUCGGGUGCACUAUGACGAGGAUCAACAAGUGUAUAGCGCGGGCAGUGAUCCCCGUGGUGAUGGAAUGGCGUUCCCUCUUCUAUAA